UCAACUGCGCCUGCGCGAAAACGUCACCGUAUUUUUCUAGACGCAGCUGACGAUGUAAACAAGAAAAGACAGUCGAGGGCAAUAGGGAUCAAAUAGGCCGGCGUCACCGCAAAUGAUAGCCAUUAUAUGCUCAUAAACGGCUGACAUGGGGCUGCCUGUUACGAUUAAAGUCAAUUUCCGGGGAAAUGUGAAGAGAUUUCUGGCUCAGGAUUUGGACAAACUGGAGUGGGAGUCCGUUGAAGCCUGGAUCAAAGCGUCUUUUGGGAUCAACCACUUUCAAGUCAAAUACUUCGAUGAGGAUAAUGAAGAGAUUUGCAUAAACAGUCAAGAUGAAUAUGAAGAAGCAAUCAAGAGCGCUGAGAAGCAGGGGAACCAGUUGCACAUGAACGUGUACAAGAUGAAAGGGCAGGCCUGUGGAGGCCCACUGAAGACGGAGGUGAAGGAGCUGAAAGGAGACCUCCGGCCUGCUCCUCCUUAUCCAUCAAGGGUCAAAACGGUGGAUAAAGGCACACAGGUCACCCCAGAGCGAGACGCUGUCACAGUAAAGGACAACAAGGGGAACAAGCCAGAAGAUGACCCCCCUCCCAUGUGGUUUAGAUCGUACAUGGAGAAGUUUAAAGAUGAGGUGGUGAAAGAGGUGGUGGAAAGGAUGUGCAAUGACUUUUCUGGACAGUGUUGUACCCACAAAUCAUCUGAUGGGCCCCUUGAGGCCAGUGGAGCUAGUGGCGGCCCCAUAGGGCCCAGGCCAGGCCCCUCCACCUCAACUGGAUCCCUUGGCUACACCCCGAACUGCAGCAGCUGCAACAAACUCACCUCUGAAGGGGCCUACAAGUGCAGUGUGUGCCCGUCCUGCAUCCUGUGUGAGAUGUGCAGACAUAGCCAUGACCCCAGCCACAACCUCGUGAGAACCAAGACACCUCUCUCCAUCCCUGAGCAUGGAAUGUCGGGAGAGUUGAGGUUCCCAAGGCGAGGAGACAGGACAGUGCGCAAGGCCGAGCGACAGCGCCUCAAAGCUGAAAGGAGGCAGCUAAGAGCUGAAGUGAAGGAAAUCAAGAAGAAACUGAGACUGGAGAAGAGGGGGCUGCAGUGGAGUGGGCCGUCUACCUCAGGCAGAGCCAACCUGACAAACAUGGCCUCCGCCUCCACCCAGGUCCCAGCCCUGCCCCCCCCCGCUGCCUCAGAAACAGCCUCAGGUCCAGCCCCAGCCCAAGGUUCCAUCCCUGCCCCGGCCCCUGAUCCCCAGGCCUCCAGUCCAGAGAGUCCCGGGGUCUCGCACACGUCCUUGGUUCCUACUAUGGCUGCCUUGUUUCUGGACGAAAAUCUGCCGGACGGCACCCGUCUGGAGCCUGGUACCAAGUUCAUCAAAUACUGGAAGAUGAGGAACUCGGGCACUAUCAGCUGGACCUCAGAGACUAAGCUAGUGUUCAUGUGGGGAAACCUCGGCCUGGCAUCAGAGGAGAAGAGGGAGAUGCCGGUCCCCUUGCUGCUGCCCGGACAAGUGGGAGUGGUCAGUGUGGCCUUUGUCGCUCCUGUGAUGGAGGGGAUGUACACCUCCCACUGGCGGCUGGCGCACUGCGGGUGUCAGUUUGGCCCGCGUGUCUGGUGCAGCAUCGUGGUCGACCCCGGCGACGGCCGCAACACACUCGGGCAUCAGAGCAAACGACUGAAGGAAGAGGUGAGGCCAGUGGAGAAGGAGGAGGUUAGGGCCAGGGACAGCGACCCUGGCUUGUUUGUAGACCUGAACCACGAGGACUACUACUUCCCCUCAGUCGACCUCCUCACUGCACAGGAUCUACUGUCAUUUGAGUUGCUGGAUAUAAAUAUUGUGCAAGAGUUGGAGAAGGUUCCUAACAACACUCCUGUGGAUUUGACUCCCUGCAUAUCUCCUCUGCCCCAUGAUGCACCAGUGUUGGAGAAGGCCAUCUUUUCCCAGAUGAAAGAAGACGCAGAAGUCACAGGGGUCCGAAAACUUUUUGGAGUGAAACUGAGGCAGCAGACGGAGCUGCUGGAGCCUGUGACCCGGGAGGAGGACAGGGAGGAGGAGAUCAGCGGAGCCCAGUUCCUCUGCGAGACGGUCAUCCGCUCCCUCGCCUUAGAGGAGGCCCCUGAUCACAGACCCCUGCGCAGAGCCCAGCACGGCAGCCACAAACCACAGGUUUCAGUUGUUUCCCGGGGCACCAGCUUUUGCUUCGAGAGAGCUGUAGAGGCUGAGAAGAUGGAGACAGUGCAAGAGAGAAAUGAGGAGAUCUGCGCCAUUAGACUUGAGAGUUCAGCUGUGCCUCUCAACACCGGCCUCAACCAGAUCACCCAGGAAGAGGAGACAAGGCCAGUUCUGCUGGAACCAGCGAAUGAAAACCUGCAUAUCGGCUCACAUCAUGAUAACGAGGACGAAGAGGUCAUGGUCCUGGAUGACAGGGAGAACAUGAGGGACAGUCAAGAUGAGAAAGAGGAGGGUGGAACCAAAGGAGAAGACUGGGAGGAGGUCAGCAGCCAGACUUCCUCAGUCUCCUCCUGUGACGAUUACAUCAUUGUCCUCCCGGACUGCUUCGACACCAGCCGGCCUCUGGGCGAGUCCAUGUACAGCUCCGCCAUGUCGCAGCCUGAUGCUGCUGCUGAUGAUGAUGAUGAUGAUGAUGAUGAUGAUGUGACCUCAGCCGACCCGGACACACAGCAGGAGGGAGAGGAGGAGGAAGACUCCAACUCUGAGCCAGGCGAGGUGGCACCGCUGAGAGAGAGGCAGGACGAAGCGGAGAUAGUCGACGCGGAGGAUUCAUCUGUGAACACGUGGCCUCUGGCGGUCCCUCCCACCCACAGCAGUGUGAACCAGAUGCUGUGCGCCUCCCAAACCCUGGACGCUGUGACGCUCACCCCUGAAGUGGUGCCACCACCAGUGCUGCCUGACUCCCUGCUGCCUCCACCAACGCUCUACUCACCCAGGUCUGAGGCACUGUACCUGGCUGAGGACCCCAGUCCUCCAGCCUGUGGCCCAUAUGAGCCACACCAACCAAGGGUCCACCUAAAUGUAUCAUCUGGUUUGUCAAGAUCAGCAGGCUCAGCAUCCAGUGCCUUUGAGACAUAUAACCCCAGACCCAGCAACGCUUUGCAGCCAAGGGGCCAAGGAGGCAUCACAGAGGGACUUGUCAAGGGCGCCCUUUCUGUGGCAGCGUCCGCUUAUAAAGCUCUCUUCACUGGACCAAACUGCUCAAUACAGCGAGGCAUCGACCCAGCCACCAGGCAGGACCCUUCCCUGAUGGCAAUGCUGCUGGAGAUGGGCUUCAGAGACCAGCGUCUGAACCAGCGGCUGCUGAGGAAACACGGCUACAGCCUUCUGCACACCGUCAACGAGCUGGUGCAGAUAGCCGAAGACGGCCAGAAGAAAGCUGUCAACACUAAGCACUGAGAGAAGGGGAAUCUGUGGAGUAAAAAAAAAAGGCUACUAUAAGAAUUGAUUUGACUUUUAAACAUAAUGUAAAGAGAAUAUUUAGAUUAUGACCUGCAUAUAUAUCACCCUUUCCAGUGUCUAGAUUUUGUUUGAAUUAUGUAAAAAGGAGAAAACCUGUUCAUGAUUUGUGCAAUUGAUUGAUGUUCCAAAGGGUGGAUCGUUUAUUUGAACCAAGAGUAACGAUAAUAAGACAAUAAUGAAAAAUGAAAGAGGAGCAUUUAUUUCUCAAACUUGAGAGAAAGGAAUGAAUGGCUUCUCCUGCCUUUGCCUUUUUGAUUUAGCAUCAACAUCUUAACAAAUUCAACCAUAUACACACUUGUGAGUUUUUAUGAAUAGUGGUUAACCUUUGCCAUGCCUUGUUUACCUGGGGCCGUAGAGCCUCAUGUGUUGGUCAAAGGGAGCUGGGAGUUGUAGUUUAGAAAAGGACAAAAGUGUAUUUCAGCUCUUCAUCUUUUAGUGUUUGUAUGGCUGUUGUAGCUGCUUCCUGGGCGCUGAAAAAUUAUUGUCUUUUGCCAGGGCUUGGCUAGAUUCUUCUCACAAAUAGAGCAAUGAAAUAUUAAUAUUGUUGAAUGUCAUAAAAGAUAGAAAUGUUCUGAGGAGCCACUGCAGCUACAGUAGGUGGUGGAGAUUGUGGGCGUUGAGGGUCAGCAGUGCAAGUAGUGAGAACAACAAAUCUUUAAGACUUUUUUUUCUCAAUUAUCGUAGUGAAAUCUGCCUAAACAAUGCAAUCUUUUUUCUGUAUCAGAGUACUGUUAUUUUAGACGUUGACAUGUGGAAUGUAUACAAAAACUGUCCGAACGGAUCACUGUUCAGACUCGGAUGUUUUCUACUGCUUUUUAGGAGACACCUGCAUGACAGGUAGACGCUUUAGAGAUGCGCCGUGUUCUCGUGGUCUUAGCACAGUCACAGUAGAAAAUGUCCGCUUUGCAUCAUGGUUCAACGACCCCUUGCCUACAUCUUUACGUGUCCUCAUUCAACUGUCAUUUAGCUCUAAUCCAAACUGAGAUGUCUCUAACAACACAUUCCUCACUGUCAUAGUGGAACCAAGUAUAUUUUAUUUCAUUACAUUGCCUUCAUGAAACAUGAUUACUUACUUUCCUGAAAUUUACAUGUGGUGAUUUGACAUUUGUGGUGUGUGCAGAUUUGAGUUAAUGUCUAUUUUGAGUUAUUCCCUGUGUGUGUGUGUGUGUGUGUGUGUGUGUGCGCGCGCGUGUGUGCGAGAGUGUGGUUGAGGAUUUUUUUUUAACCACGUUCUUUCGUUGAUUGUCCACGUUUUCAUGCUCAAGAGAGAGAAUAAUUCUUAAUAUAUCUAUGCUUGUCAAAUUGUUCCUCAGUCACAGAGUGUAUACAUUAAAUCCCCUCUACUGUCAAUCCGCCAAUAAACUAUUUGCACAUCU